AGACGGGAGCAGGAAGGGAUGUGAGGCAAGGUUGCCUGAGGAUUUUUACAACCUCGAGCUGCCUAGGCAGGCAGGCAGCAAAAAGAGCAGGCGUGUGACAGGAGCCAGGCAACUGUCUCUAAAGCCCCGGGAGGGAGACGGCCGGGAAUAGUUGCAGUGGCAUUCUCCAACCAUUGUGCCUGCAGUGAGCCACCAAGCAUGUCUGGGACACUCUACUUUUGUCUCUUCUGCCUCAGCCUCCACCUCCUAGGGAGUUCAGCCUUCAACCUGGAUGUCACCGAAACCAUCCUCAAGUAUGGAGAAAACGGCAGCUUCUUUGGCUUCUCAGUGGCAUUGCACCAGCAGCUCAGACCACAGCCUGUCAGCUGGUUGUUGGUGGGAGCGCCACAGGCGGCUGCUUUGCCGGAUCAAAAGGCCAGCAGGACUGGCGGCUUGUAUGCCUGUCCCUUGACCCAUGAGAUUAAUGACUGCCAACGAGUGCCCAUCGAUGAGGGAGUUGACCUGAAGAAGGAGAGCAAGGAGAACCAAUGGCUGGGAGUCACCGUCAAGAGCCAGGGCCCCGGCGGCAAGAUUGUGACCUGUGCCCACUUGUACGAAGCCCGUAACCGGGUAAACGAAUCUCUGGAGACGAGGGACGUAAUUGGCCGCUGCUACAUGCUGAGCGAGGGGCUGCAAGUCUCUGACGAACUGGAUGGCGGCGAGUGGAAAUUCUGCGAAGGGCGGCCACAGGGACACGACCGCUUUGGCUUCUGCCAGCAAGGGGUGGCGACCGGCUUCACUGCAGAUAGGCAUUAUAUCCUCUUUGGGGCGCCUGGUACCUACAACUGGAAGGGGACCAUACGGGCAGAGCUGAGUGGCUUGAAUUUGAGUUACUACGACGACGGGCCGUAUGAAGCCGGGGGAGAGAAGGACCAGGACCCCUCGCUCAUCCCCUUGCCUGCCAACAGCUACCUUGGGUUUUCCCUUGACUCUGGAGUGGGGAUUACCAGGAAGAAUGAGCUGAGUUUUGUAACAGGGGCUCCUCGAGCCAACCACACAGGGGCUGUGGUGAUCCUGCACAAAGACAACGUCAACCGCCUGGUGCCCGAGGUUAUCAUCCCAGGAGAGAAGCUCACUUCAUCCUUUGGCUAUUCCUUGGCUGUGGUUGACCUCAAUCACGAUGGCUGGAUGGACUUGGUGGUCGGAGCACCGAACCUCUUUGACCGCAAGGAAGGGAUCGGAGGAGCAGUCUACGUUUACAUCAACCAGGCAGGGCACUGGGACAAUGUCCUCCCCAUCCGCCUCAAUGGUUCCUAUGACUCUAUGUUUGGUAUCACAGUGGGGGCUGUUGGAGACCUCAACCAAGACGGCUUCCAAGACUUUGCAGUGGGAGCCCCACUGGAUGGCGAUGGCAAGGUCUACAUCUAUCACGGCAGUAAUUCAGGGUUUGUCACCAAACCUGCUCAGAUUCUGACUGGGGAGAGUGUUGGCGUCAAGAUGUUUGGAUAUUCCUUUUCUGGAGGGUUGGAUAUUGAUGGCAACCUCUACCCAGAUCUCCUAGUGGGAUCUCUUUCCAACACAGUCGUCCUAUACAGAUCCCGACCUGUCAUCCGCAUCUCCAGAAAUGUCACCAUCUCCCCCCAGAAUGUUGACCUGGAGGCCAUGAACUGUCGCCACCAUGUGGGCAUCUGCAUGGAUGUGAGAGCCUGCUUCAGCUACACUGCCAACCCCCCAAGCUACAGCCCAUCCAUCAUGCUUGAGUACACUUUUGACGCUGAUACCGACCGCCGGAAAUCAGGCCAGGCUUCCCGAGUCACCUUCCACAACCGGAAGCCCACAGACGCCGAGCACCAGUUCUCCGGGGUAGUGGAGCUGCCCCAGCAACAUGUCCGUUCUUGUACCAAGGCCACACUGCAGCUGAAGGACCAAGUCCGGGACAAGCUGCAUCCCAUUGUGGUGGUGAUGAACUACAACAUCAAGCAAGCCCGCAGCAAGCGCCAGGCCCAGGGCGCCACGCUGGGCCCACUAAUGCCGGUGCUGAAUGUUGUGCCACCCAGCACUCAGAGGACAGAGGUGAAUUUCCUCAAGCAGGGAUGUGGGGAGGACAAGAUCUGUCAGAGCAACCUGCAGCUGAACUACCGGUUCUGUUCUCGUGUUGAUGAUGCUGUAUUCCAUCCCUUGCCCAGAGGCGACGAUGGCUUGGAUGUUUUUUCCAUGAGUGACCAAAAAGUCGUAGCCCUCGAGAUCCAUGUCACCAACUUUCCUUCGGAUGCAGCUGAGCCACAGCGGGAUGGAGACGAUGCCCACGAAGCCAUGCUGCUUGUCUCUCUGCCACCUACCUUGUCCUAUUCUGCUUUGCGCCUCUACGAUGCCAUGGAGAAGGCCCCAACCUGUAUGUCUAACCAGAGUGCCUCUUAUAUGGAAUGUGAGCUUGGGAACCCUAUGAAACGUGGAACACAGGUCCGGUUCUACCUUGUUCUGGAAACCUCAGGCAUUACCUUGGAGACCACCGAGCUGGAAGUAGGGCUACAACUUAGCACGAUCUCGGAGCAGCCUGGGUUGGCCCCAGUUCAAGCACGUGCCCAUGUGAUCAUGGAACUUCCUCUCUCUGUUUCUGGAGUGGCCGAACCAAAUAAGCUCUUCUUCAGCGGGGUGGUACGGGGCGAAAGUGCCAUGAAGAGGGAAAGCGAGGUGGGCAGUCCUGUGCUCCUCCAAGUGACGGUCUCAAACCAAGGCCAGUCCCUGAAUACGCUGGGCUCAGCCUUCCUCAACGUCAUGUGGCCCCAUGAAAUUGCAAAUGGAAAGUGGCUCCUCUACCCACUGAAGCUGGAGCUAUCGACCCAGCCUCAGCAUCGCGCGAUCUGCAGCCCCAAACCCAACUCACUCAAUCUGGCUCUGGAGCCUCUUCACCAGGGUAGGAAGAAGCGAGAGGCGGAGCCGCCUGAGGUGCCUGCCAACCGGCCACUGACUUAUUGGGGAAAGCAAAAAAAUGCCACGUUGGACUGUGCUGCGGGCACUGCUCAUUGCCAGCUCUUCCAGUGUCCUCUCUACAGCUUUGACCGUUCAGCUGUGCUCAGCAUCUGGGGCCGUCUCUGGAACAGCACCUUCCUAGAGGAGUACUAUGACACCACAUCGGUGGAAGUGAUCGUUCGAGCCAGCAUCACUGUGAAAUCUACCAUCCGCAACCUGGUUCUGAAGGAUGCCACAGCGCAGAUCCCAGUGAUGGUCUACUUGGAUCCCAGCGUAGCCGUGGCACGAGGCGUGCCUUGGUGGAUCAUCCUCAUUGCGGUACUAGCUGGGAUCCUAGUGCUGGGGCUGCUCGUCUCCAUCUUAUGGAAGCUUGGCUUCUUCAAACGUGCCCGCUACCAUGAAGACAAGGUGCCGCAGUAUCACGCAGUCAAGAUUCCUCACCAGGAGCGCCAACUUUUCCGCGAGGAGAAGACGGGCACCAUUACCAAGAAGGACUGGGUCACUAACUGGAAUGCGGAGGGCGAUGGUCACGUUCCUGUCUCGGCCUAGAUACAUCCCUGCCCUGGCCUCCCUGUGGCAUGCUUCUGAUUGGCAGAGAGAGCUGCUACUGGAUAAACCUUUGUGUUGGCACCAGCCUGGCUGAUAGUAGGGUUCCUUGCCUGCUCUCCUCUCUGGAAGAUCUGCGGACACUGGACUGCCCCUUUCUUGUGGGAGAUUCAGCAGAGAUUCAGGGGGACACGUGCUUAACCAUGGAGGUUGCGGUGACAGAUUCUGCAAGGCCAAAGGUUGCUAAGGAUAUUUUUUUCUGGUAUUCUGCUUUUCCUUGCAAAGCUGGGCAGCAGCCGAUGCAGAAAACUGAACCAGCAGUAGGAGGAACCUUCUAUUUCUAGUUUCCUAAAGCGUUAUCUGCUGGGAACAGAACUUUGUAUUUUGCUGCUGAGAGUUGGAAUAGCAUCUAUCACUGUCUACCCCGCUGCAAAUGGGGCAUACAUUUGCUACAAGACCUGAUUCUUUGGGAAAGAGAAGAACCUGGAUUCCUUGGGUGUGUUAGAAGGGUUCAAAGCCAAAAAAACACACACACACCCAACCACCCCUGGUGAAGAAGACGAGAGGUUCCCCCUUCCUGAGCAAGAUGACUUUCUUCAUGCUAGCUUUUUGUAAUUUAUUUUGUCUAACUAAUAUUGGAGAGCCUUGAUGCCUGAAGUUGA